AUGUACUACCUAACCACAGCCAACGGGGUGGUCUACCAGACCUUCUGCGACAUGACUACUGCUGGCGGUGGCUGGACACUUGUGGCGAGCGUGCACGAGAACAACAUGUAUGGGAAGUGCACGGUGGGCGACCGUUGGUCCAGCCAGCAAGGCAGCAACCCCAACUGGCCAGACGGAGACGGAAACUGGGCCAACAGGGUUACUUUUGGAACCGCAGAUGGCGCCACGUCAGAUGACUUCAAGAAUCCUGGGUAUUAUGACAUUGUGGCAGAAGACAUGUCGGUUUGGCACGUUCCCAACAACUCCCCUAUGGAACACUGGAACGUAGCCGCCAUCCUUCGCUACCACACCGAGAGACGCUUCCUCACCAUUCAUGGGGGAAACCUGCACCAACUCUUUAAGCUCUACCCAGUGAGAUAUAAUGCUGGGGCAUGUGGCAACACAGGACCUGCCAUUCCAAUCGUGUACGACUUUGGGAACAUAGAGACCACCAGAAAUUUUUACGGACCCCAUUCAAGAACCCAGUUUGAGCCUGGCUUCAUUACUUUUAGGCCAAUAAAUAAUGAACGUGCAGCCAUGGCUAUCUGCUCUGGGGUCAAACCAACACCGAACACGCGCUGCGACACUGAACAUUACUGUAUUGGUGGUGGUGGACACUUCCCUGAGCAGGCCCCUCGUCAGUGUGGCGACUUCCCGAGCUUUGACUGGAAUGGCUAUGGUACCAACACAGAAUGGAGUUCAUCAAAGGAGAUUACUGAAGCAGCUGUGUUACUUUUCUACCGUUAAAAUCCAUCCUAUUGAUUAUCAAUGCCGUCAGAUGGCAAGAUGUAAAGAUGCAUUUUGUUAAUACUGUUUGCUUAUAAUAUAAUGAACAUCACAGAACUAUGAUUUCCAUUUGUUUAAUCUAUAUGUACCGAAUACAUAAUACGUUUAUCACAUUUCCUUGUUUUAAAAUCGAAAGAGAUGAGUAUUACAAUUUUGUGAAUAUGAAUGACUGAAAUAAAGACUCAUCUAAAGGAAAAUUGAUAACAGUUGUGGUUUCAAUAUGCUUUGUCUUGUAGCCAUGAAAGACAUGCCAUAGUUUCUAGUUUUUUAACUUUACUGUGCGUUGUUCAGUGAGCUGCAGUGCGUUGUCAAAUCACAUGUCUGUUCCCUGUGUAACAUCAAUAUUGCAAUAAACUACAUAAAUGUUUAUUUAACCUGCUACAAACAAAUACAGGUACUGUACUGUCACAUACAGUGCCUUCAGAAAGUAUUCACACUACUUGACUUCUUCCACAUUUUAUUGUGUUACAGCCUGAAUUUAAAAUGGAUAAAAUUUAGAUUUUUUUUUUGUCACCGGCCUACACACAAUACCCCAUAAUGUCAAAGUGGAAUAAUGUUUUUCGAAAUUGUUACAAAUGAAUUAAAAAUGAAACACUGAAAUGUCUUGAGUCAAUAAGUAUUCAACCCCUUUAUGGCAAACCUAAAUAAGUUCAGGAGUAAACAUUUGCUUAACAAGUCACAUAAUACGUUGCAUGGACUCUGUGCAAUAAUAGUGUUUAACAUGAUUUUUGAAUGACUACUUCAUCUCUGUACCCAACACAUACAAUUAUCUCUAAGGUCCCUCAGUCGAGCAGUGAAUUUCAAGCACAGAUUCAACCACAAAGACCAGGGAGGUUUUCCAAUGCCUCGCAAAGAAGGGCAUCUAUUGUUAGAUGUGUAAAAAAAUGUAAUUAAAAAAUUAAAAAAGCAGACAUUGAAUAUCCCUUUGAGCACGGUGAACUUAUUAAUGACACUUGAUGGUGUAUCAAUACACCCAGUCACUACAGAGAUACAGGCAUCCUUCCUAACUCAGUUGCCGGAGAGGAAGGGAACCGUUCGGCGAUUUCACCAUGAGGCCAAUUGUGACGUUAAAACAGGUACAGAGUUUAAUGGCUGUGUUAGGAGAAAACUGAGGAUGGAUCAACAACAUUGUAGUUACUCCACAAUACAAACCUAAAUGACAGAGUGAAAAUAAGGAAGAUUAUGCAAAAUAAAAAUAUUCCAAAACAUGCAUCCUGUUUGCAACAAGGCACUAUACUGAUUUGAUUUGCUGCAAACAAGCAAAUAACUUAUUGUGCUGAAUACAAAGUUAUGUUUGGGGCAAAUCCAAUACAACACCUUACUGAGUACCAUUCUCCAGAUGUUCAAGCAUAGUGGUGGAUGCAUCAUUUUAUGGGUAUGCUUGUAAUUGUUAAGGACUGGGGAGUUUUUCAGAAUAAAAAAUAAGAAAUGACUGGAGUUAAGCACAAGCAAAACCCUAGAGGAAAACCUGGUUUCAAUCUGCUUUACACCAGACACUGGGAGAUUAUUCACCUUUUCAGCAGGACAAUAACCAAAAACACAAGGCCAAAUUUACAUUGGUGUUGCUUACCAAGAAGACAGUGAAUGUUCCUGAGUGGCCGAGUAACAGUUCUGACUUAAAUCUACUUGAAAAUGUAUGGCAAGACCUGAAAAUGGUUGUCUAGCAAUGAUCAACAACCAAUUUGACAAAGCCUGAAGAAUUUUGAAAAUAGUAAUUGGCAAAUGUUGCACAAUCCAGGUGUGGAAAGUUCUUAGAGACUUACCCAGAAAGACUCACAGCUGUAAUUGCUGCCAACGGUGCUUCUACAAAGUAUUGGGGUAUGAAAACGUAUGUAAAUGAGAUCUCUAUAUUUCAUUUUCAAUACAUUUGCAAACAUUUCUAAAAACAUGUUUUCACUUUGUCGUUAUGGGGUAUUGUGGGAAAAAAGUAUAUUUAAUCCAUUUUGAAUUCAGGCUGUAACACAACAAAAUGUGGAAUAAGUUAAGCGGUAUGAAUACAUUCUGAAGGCAGUGUAAGGAUGGAUUUCUCCCUCUCUCUCUCUCUCUGUGGCAUGCAAAUAAUUUAUUUUAGUUCUUAAUAAAAAUUAUUUCUUAUUUCUCUCUAUCUCUCCCUCCCAGUUGUCUACAGCACCAGUGAGAUGCUGAUGAACAUGGGCAACCUCCCCCUGGACUGGUUCUACCCAGCGGUAGCCAUCAUGACGCUGAUGUACAUUCUGCGACCCCUCCCUCUCCAACCACCCCACCAUGGUGGUGCAGGCAGUCAUCUUCAUCUUCAAGUCUCUGGGCCUUAAGUGUGUCCAGUUUCUGCCCCAGGUCAUGCACACCUUCCUCAAUGUCAUCCGAGUGUGCCACACCAGCUUCCGAGAGGAAGCUAGCUAAAGCUAACAGAAAUGUUAGAUAUAGCUAACGUAUUUCAUGAUUUUUUUUUUCUUGUUGAUUGCCGAUUGUGGGAAUUAUUGUUAAUGUAUUUUUUGGGGGCUGACAUACCGUCACCAGUUUCUUGUGCAAUUAUAUUAAGGAAGUAUACUUAAGUUUAUGGUUAACUUUGCCAUUGUCACGUUUUUAAAUGUAGAACCUUUCCACCUCUGUUUGCUGCUUUUUUACAAAGUUGUUUUGCAUCAGCCCCUUUUUAUUACAACCACACGUUUUCCACUCCAUAAAUUCACCCUGGAUCAUGGUGUCAGGGGCGUGAAAUCCGGAGGCGAGGUGCCUGUAACUAAAGCAUUGACUCUCGACCAGAUAGUUUCCCGAACUAAGCCUGACUGGUGAACAAUCAACAUGUUUUGUUACACCUGUUAUUUUCUUCCCUUUCAGUUUCUCUUCCAGCAGAUGGGGGUGGUCGUGUGCUUUGUGAAAAUAUGCAUCCACCCCUAUAUGGAUGACUUCACCCUUUCUCUUUUUUCCACUUGUUUAGAAACAGCUGCAAACUCUUAAUUUUGUACAUUUCUCUUUCGACUUUCCUAAUUGGCGUUAAUUCAUAAGGGGAAAUGUCACUUGAGCCUGACUCUUUGGUGGCACGAAGACUGUUUGUCCAUGUAGAAUGAAAGAGUUGCUCCUUUAAAAGCCGUUUGUUAAGGAUAAUAUUUUUUUAAAUAUAAAAGUUAUAUUCAGAAAUGAGUAUUUGAGUUUUCUAACAGUUUUUAAAUUCUACGGUAUUGCAAUAUUUUAUUAAACUUCUCCACUCUACAGUGUCAUUCCCUCCAAUUAAUUGAACACUUCAAUAGUGGAAGAGAAAGACCUCUAUCACACGAUGCAGGAAGUCCUAGUCUGAAAGUGACUGUUAAAACCUUUGGCUCUGCUAAAGUGGACAAACUGUCUAGCAGCACAUACUCAUAUAGCAAGGAAAGAAAUAUCAAAUGUCCAUUAUUCACUGGUAUCUCAAUAACAUUCUUAACCUAUGUGUAGGGUGCCGUCUUUCGGAUGGGACGUUAAACGGGUGUCCUGACUCUGUGGUCACUAAAGAUCCCAUGGCACUUAUCGUAAGAGUAGGGGUGUUAACUCUGGUGUCCUGGCUAAAUUCCCAAUUUACAUUUACAUUUUUUACAUUUUAGUCAUUUAGCAGACGCUCUUAUCCAGAGCGACUUACAGUUAGUGAAUACAUAUUCUAUUUUUUAUUUUUUCAUACUGGUCCCCCGUGGGAAUCGAACCCACAACCCUGGCGUUGCAAACGCCAUGCUCUACCAACUGAGCUACAUCCCUGCCGGCCAUUCCCUCCCCUACCCUGGACGACGCUAGGCCAAUUGUGCGCCGCCCCAUGGGUCUCCCGGUCGCGGCCGGCUGCGACAGAGCCUGGAUUCGAACCAGGAUCUCUAGUGGCACAGCUAGCACUGUGAUGCAGUGCCUUAGACCACUGCGCCACUCAGGAGACAAUCUGGCCCUCAUACCAGCAUGGCCACCUAAUCAUCCCCAGCGUCCAAUUGGCUCUUUCAUCCCCCCUCUCCCCUGAAUCUAUUCCCCAGGUCGUUGCUGUAAAUUAGAGUGUGUUCUCAGCCAACCUACCUGGUAAAAUAAGGGUAAAAUAAAACUGGGCCAUUGCACAUUUUAGCUGAAGUUAAUAAAUGGCAAGUAAAACAAAGGGAUCUAUUCAUUGUAGUAACCGUCUACCUCAUGCGUCCAGAUGAUUGGCUGAAAUAGCCAUUCGGGACUUCAGGAGUUGAAAUCACAUAAUCUGCUGUCGGUAUAGCAACCCUAACGUAGGCUAGUUCCAGUCAGACCAGGAAGAGGGGCUUGGAAUACUGGCCACUCACAAAAUACCUCCACGAGCUUUCACAGCUGAACGCUAUUGGCACCAGUGGUGGAAAAAGUACUAAACUGUCAUUCUUGAGUAAAAGUAAAGAUACCUUAAUUGAAAAUGACUUAAGUAAAAGUGAAAGUCACCCAGUAAAAUACUACUUGAGUAAAAGUGUAAAAUUAUUUGGUUUUAAAUAUACUUAAGUAUCAAAAGGUAAAUAGAAUUGGAAAAAUGUACAGUGCCUUGCAAAAGUAUUCACCCCUCUUGGCGUUUUUCCUAUUUUGUUGCAUUACAACCUGUAAUUUAAAUGGAUUUUUAUUUGGAUUUUAUGUAAUGGACAUACACAAAAUAGUCCAAAUUGAUGAAGUGAAAUGAAAAAAAUAACUUCUUUCAAAAAAUUAUAUAAAAUGAAUAACAGAAAAGUGGUGCGUGCAUAUGUAUUCACCUCCUUUGCUAUGAAGCCCCUAAAUAAGAUCUGGUGCAACCAAUUACCUUCAGAAGUCACAUAAUUAGUUAAAUAAAGUCCACCUGUGUGCAAUCUAAGUGUCACAUGAUCUGUCACAUGAUCUCAAUAUAUAUAUACACCUGUUCUGAAAGGCCCCAGAGUCUGCAACACCACUAAGGAAGGGGCACCACCAAGCAAGCGGCACCAUGAAGACCAAGGAGCUCUCCAAACAGGACAGGGACAAAGUUGUGGAGAAGUACAGAUCAGGGUUGGGUUUUAAAGAAAUAUCCGAAACUUUGAACAUCCCACGGAGCACCAUUAAAUCCAUUAUUACAAAAUCGAAAGAAUAUGGCACCACAACAAACCUGCCAAGAGAGAGCCGCCCACCAAAACUCAUGGACCAGGCAAGGAGGGCAAUAAUCAGAGAGGCAACAAAGAGACCAAAGAUAACCCUGAAGGAGCUGCAAAGCUCCACAGCGGAGAUUGGAGUAUCUGUCCAUAGGACCACUUUAAGCCGUACACUCCACAGAGCUGGGCUUUAUGGAAGAGUGGCUAGAAAAAAGCCAUUGCUUAAAGAAAAAAAUAAUCAAACACAUUUGUCGUUCACCAAAAUAUAUGGAAGAAGGAUAAUGACCCAAAGCAUACUGCUAAAGCAAUACUCGAGUGGUUUAAGGGGAAACAUUUAAAUGUCUUGGAAUGGCCUAGUCAAAGCCCAGACCUCAAUCCAAUUCAGAAUCUGUGGUAUGACUUAAAGAUUGCUGUACACCAGCGGAACCCAUCCGACUUGAAAGAGCUGGAGCAGUUUUGCCUUGAAGAAUGGGCAAAAAAUCCCAGUGGCUAGAUGUGCCAAGCUUAUAGAGACAGACCCCAAGAGACUUGCAGCUGUAAUUGCUGCAAAAGGUGGUUAUAGUUAUGCACUCUCAAAUUUUUACAAAAAAAAUAUUUUUCAUCUUCAAAGUGGUAGGCAUGUUGUGUAAAUGAAAUGAUACAAACCCCCAAAAAUCAAUUUUAAUUCCAGGUUGUAAGGCAACAAAAUAGGAAAAAUGCCAAGGGGGGUGAAUACUUUCGCAAGCCACUGUACUUAAGUAUUCAAAGUAAAAGUAAAAGUAUAAACCAUUUCAAAAUACUUACAUUAAGCAAACCAGACGGCACAAUAUUUACAUUUUUUAUUGACGGAUAGCCAGGGGCACACUGCAACACUGACAUAAUUUACAAAUGAAGCAUUCUGAGUCCGCCAGAUCAGAGGCAGUAGGCAUGACCAGGGAUGUUAUCUUGAUAAGUGUGUGAAUUGGACCAUUUUCCUGUCAAAAUGUAACUAGUACUUUUUGGGUGUCAGGGAAAAGAAUGGAGUAAAAAGUACAUUAUUUUCUUUAGGAAUGUAGUAAAGUUGUCAUGCGACAUGUAUGCGGUAGCGAAGUCAAAAGCAGGACACAGAGCGGCUGGCAACGUUAUUUACUGAACACAGUAAAAUCAACGUACACAAACACAAACCUCCAAAACAGGGAGGAAAGCACAAAGACCCGUUCAUACACGAACUGCCAGAAUGACAACAAACAAUAACACACAAAAUACCAAAUGAGAGACAGGGGUAAAUAUAGGGAAAUGCAAUCAAACAUAAUGGGGAACAGGUGUAAACAAUAAAGACUAAACAAGACAAACACCGAAACAUCGAUCGGCAGCAGGGGACGACGAACGCCGAAGCCUGCCCGAGCAAGGAGGAGGAGCAGCCUCAGCUGAAUCCGUGACAGUACCCCUCCCUUGACGUGCUGCUCCAGCCGUGCGCCGACCCCGGCCUCGGGGACGGCCAGGAGGACGCGGAGCAGGGCGAGUCGGAUGACUCCGGUGGAAAUCCCUCAACAGGGAGGGAUCUAGGAUGUCCCUCCUAGGGACCCAGCACCGUUCCUCCAGACUGUACCCCUCCAACUCCACGAGAUACUGCAGACCCCCCAUCCGACGCCUCGAAUCCACGAUGGAACGGACUGAGUACGCCGGAGCCCCCUCGAUGUCUAGUGGGGGCGGAGGAGCCUCUCGUAUCUCAUUCUCCUGGAGUGGACCAGCUACCACCGGCCUGAGGAGAGACACAUGGAACGAGGGGUUAAUGCGGUAAUUAAUGGGCAGUUGUAACCUAUAACAUACCUUGUUCAAUCUCCUCAGGACUUUAAAUGGCCCCACAAACCGCCGACCCAGCUUCCGGCAGGGCAGGUGAAGGGGCAGGUUUCGGGUCGAGAGCCAGACCCGAUCUCCCGGUGCAUAAACCGGACCCUCACUGCGGUGGCGCCUUUUUGCCGUCUGAUAGCCCGCUGCAGAUGGACAUGCGCAGCAUGGCUGAUAACCCAACACACACUGAAAAGGCAUAAGAUUAGUGGAGGAGUGGCGGAGUGAGUUUUGGGCUAUCUCUGCCCAGGGGAUAUACCUGACCACUCCUCCUGGCAAUAGGACCUCAGAAACCUACCCACAUCCUGGUUUACUCUCUCCACCUGCCCAUUACUCUCAGGGUCACAACCCGAGGUAAGGCUAAUCGAGACCCCCAAACGUUCCAUAAACGCCCUCCAGACUCUAGAGGUGAACUGGGGACCCCGAUCAGACACUAUAUCCUCAGGCACCCCGUAGUGGUGGAAGACGUGAGUAAACAGGGAGUCGGCCGUUUGUAGUGCUGUAGGAAGACCUGGCAUAGCAAUGAGACGGCAGGCCUUAGAAAACCGAUCCACAACGACCAAGAUCGUGGUAUUCCCCUGGGAGGGGGGAAGGACCGUGACAAAAUCCAACGAUAGGUGAGACCACGGCCGUUGUGGAACGGGUAGAGGUUGUAACUUCCCUCUGGGCAGGUGUCUAGGCGCCUUAUACUGGGCUCACACUGAGCAGGAAGAAACGUAAACCCUCAUGUCCCUAGCUAAGGUGGGCCACCAGUACUUCCUGCUAAGGCAGUGCACCGUCCGACCGAUACCAGGAUGACCAGAGGAGGGUGAAGUGUGAGCACAAUAUAUCAGUUGAUCACGGACCUUGAGCGGCACGUACCUCCCGCCCUCUGGACACUCUGGGGGAGUAGGGUCGGCACGUAACGCCCGCUCGAUUUCCGCAUCGACCUCCCACACCACUGGUGCCACUAGACAAGACUCCGGAAGUAAGGGAGUGGGCUCAAUGGACCUCUCCUCUGUCUCAUAUCGUCAGGACAGGGCGUCUGCCUUAGCGUUCUGUGACCCUGGUAUAUAAGUGAGCUUAAAUACAAACCGGGCAAGAAACAUGGCCCACCUAGCCUGACGAGGGUUCAGUCUCCUCGCUGCCCGGAUGUACUCCAGGUUACGAUGGUCAGUCAGAAUGAGAAAAGGGUGUUUAGCCCCCUCAAGCCAAUGCCUCCACACCUUCAGGGCUUGAACCACCGCUAGCAGCUCCCUGUCCCCCACGUCAUAAUUGCGUUCCGCCGGACUGAGCUUCUUAGAAUAGAAAGCACAGGGGCGGAGUUUUGGAGGCGUGCACGAGCGCUGAGACAAUAUAGCACCGAUCCCCGCCUCGGAUGCAUCCACCUCAACUUGGAACGCCAAAGAGGGAUCCGGAUGUGCCAGCACCGGAACCGAGGUGAACAGGUCCUUCAGAUGUCUAAACGCCCUGUCCGCCUCAGCCGACCACUGCAAACACACCGGGCCCCCCUUUAGCAGGGAGGUGAUGGGAGCUGCUACCUGUCCAAAGCCCCGGAUAAACCUCCGGUAGUAAUUGGCAAAACCCCAAAACCGCUGCACCUCCUUCACCGUAGUGGGAGUCUGACCGCGUUUCAGCCGUGCGUAAUUGGCAAUCUCCAUCUCCAUCCCUGACGCGGACAACCGCAAAAAAAAUAAGACAUUUCUCCGCCUUCACAUACAGGUCAUACUCCAACAGUCUACCCAGCACCUGACGCACCAGGGACACAUGCUCGGCUCGUGUAGCGGAGCAUAUUAGAAUGUCAUCAAUAUACACCACUACACCCUGUCCAUGCAAGUCCCGGAAAAUCUCGUCCACAAAUGGAAGACUGAAUGAGCAUUCAAUAAACCAUAUGGCAUGACGAGGUACUCAUAGUGACCCGAGGUGGUACUGAAUGCUGUCUUCCACUCAUCUCCUUCCCUAAUGCGCACCAGGUUGUAAGCGCUCCUGAGAUCCAAUUUUGUGAAGAAUCGCGUCCCGUGUAAUGACUCCGUCAUACUAGCAAUCAGAGGGAGAGGAUAGCUGUAUUUGAUUGUAAUCUGAUUGAGACCACGGUAAUCAAUACACGGGCGUAACAAAAUUAUUCUUCACAAAAUAGAAACUCGAGGACGCAGGGGAAGUGGACGGCCUUAUGUAUCCCUGUCUCAGAGAUUUGGCGACGUAUGUCUCCAUAGCUGCCGUCUCUUCCUGAGACAGAGGAUACACAUGACUACGAGGAAGAGCAGUGCCUACCUGGAGGUCUAUCGCACAAUCCCCCUGUCGAUGAGGUGGUAAUUGAGUCGCCUUCGUUUUACAGAAAGCGAGUGCAAAAUCGGCAUACUCAGGAGGAAUAUGCAUUGUGGGAAUUUGGUUCGGACUUUCCACCGUCGUUGCCCCUAUGGAAACACCUACACACCGCCCGACACACUGAACAGACCAUCCCUUGAGAGCCCUCUGUUGCCACGAAAUGCUGGGGUCAUGAGAUGUUAACCAGGGAAGCCCCAACACCACGGGAAACGCAGGAGAGUCAAUCAAAUACAACUGUAUAAUCUCCUCAUGGCCCUCCUGCGUCUUCAUCUUAAGUGGCGCUGUGACCUCCCUAAUCAAUCCCGACCCCAAAGGGCGGCUAUCUAGGGCAUGGAUGGGGAAGGGCACAUCAACUGGUACAAUAGGAAUCCCUAACUUAUAUGUGAACCGGCGAUCGAUAAAAUUCCCAGCUGCGCCUGAAUCUACUAGCGCCUUAUGCUGGGAGUGAGAAGAAACCUCUGGAAACACAACUUUAAUACACAUAUGUACAACAGAGAGCUCUGGGUGAGUUGGGUGCUUACUCACCUGGAAUGACUCAUCAGUGCGAUGCCUACUGCCUCGAUUCCUAGGAGACCCUCCCGCCAUAGGGCUCGGCUCGGAAGUGCUGGGGGAUAGAAUGGACGGCCCCAACUCCGGACGUCCGCGGGUAGCCAACAGGGUAUCUAGGCGAAUCGACAUGUCCACCAGCUGAUCGAAACUUAGGUUGGUGUCCCUGCAGGCCAACUCCCGACGAACGUCCUCCCUUAGGCUGCACCUGUAGUGGUCGAUGAGGGCCCUCUCAUUCCAUCCCGCAUUGGCAGCCAGAGUCCGGAAGUCCAGUGCGAACUCCUGCGCGCUCCUCUUCCCCUGUCUGAGGUGGAACAGAUGCUCACCCGCCGCCUUCCCCUCUGGGGGAUGAUCGAACACCGCCCUGAAGCGGCGGGUGAACUCCGCAUAGUUGGCUGUAGCGGCGUCUAUCCCCCCCCCACUCGGCGUUGGCCCACUCCAGUGCCUUGCCGGACAGACAGGAGAUGAGGGCGGACAUGGUUGCCAGGUAGAGUUCCACUUGGAGCAGGAAACCCUGACACCCGGCCGCGGUGCCAUCAUAAGCCCUCAGGAGCUAGAGCCGAAUCCCACUGGACUCCGGAGGUGAAGCGAUGGGUAUAGCUGAUGGUGGUGGUAUCGUUGGAGGAGGUGUGGGCAAACCUCCUCUUUCCCAUCGCCUCAAGGUGUUCAUCACCCCUUCCAUGACGGUGCCAAGAUCCUGGAUCAUGGCCGCUUGUUGGAUAACGUGCUCCUCCAGUGAUCCCGCUGGUACCGCCGCUCCUGCUGACUCCAUGUCGUGGGUGUGUUAGUCAAAAGCAGGACACAGAGCGGCUGGCAACGUUAUUUACUGAACACAGUAAAAUCAACGUACACAAACACAAACCUCCAAAACAGGGAGGAAAGCACAAAGACCCGUUCAUACACGAACUGCCGGAAUGACAACAAACAAUAACACACAAAAUACCAAAUGAGAGACAGGGGUAAAUAUAGGGAAAUGCAAUCAAACAUAAUGGGGAACAGGUGUAAACAAUAAAGACUAAAAAAGACAAACACAGAAACAUCGAUCAGCAGCAGCUAGUACUCCGGGGUCGACGAACGCCGAAGCCUGCCCGAGCAGGGAGGAGGAGCAGCCUCGGCUGAAUCCGUGACAAAAGUAAAAGUUGGCAAAAAUAUAACUAGUAAAGUACAGAUACCCCAAAAAAACUACUUAAGUAGUACUUUAAAGUAUUUUUACUUAAGUACUUUACACCACUGAUUGGCACCUCAAUGUAUUGCGUAACUACUUUCCUUUACACCCCCAUAAUCUCCCAAUCACCAGUCGCUGUGACAGAUAUUAAGCCCUAUGUUUUUCUAAAUGGUGGCGGUUGAAUUUAAUUGAAUUGAAUUUAUUUUGGGUAACAGACAUAUUCAACAGAAUGUACAAUGUGGACCCAGAGGAUAUCACUAAAAAUUAUUAAUUAAAAUGUUUGUUUCCAAAGUGGUCCUCGGUGGUAAAAACAAUAACACAUAUAAUGAUUAAAAGGCAAUACAAAAUUACAAACAACCAUAAAUACAUUCAUUGAUAUUGACAUCCUAAUAAGUGGCGCUAUUCACUGCACUUUUCCCUAACCUUAACAAUCAACCAUAAUAAUUUCACAUUAAAACAAUCUAUUCAUUGCACAGCAUACCUAUCAUUCAAAUAAAUACACCUGACCUGCAGUAGGGGGCACAAGCGGCAGUGGAGUGGUUUCUCUUACUUAGACAACCUUGUCCUAAUGAAAACCAAGCUAUUUCUACUUUUUCUUUGCUUGAUCUCCAAGGGGAGGCUAUUCCAUAGACAAAUGCCUUUAUAGAAAAACGUGCUCCUCGCAGUACUGUUUAAUCUUGGGAUUUUACAAGACAUAACACUAGCUCUGGUAUUGUAACUGUGUUGGUUAUAGACCAUAUCAGUGUAUUAUUUUCAUAUUACCUGGGGCAUGAUCAUUUAAAAUGUCAAACAUAUGAUUAAGUUUAAGUUGGUCCACUCUGGACUCCAAAGGCAACAAGCCCUCCCGGAUCUCCUGUACCCCUAUGUGGGUCCUAGGGGGGACAUUCAGCAUAUACCUGAUAACAUUAUUUUGCAUGACCUGCAUUCUCUUUUUCAGCUUUCUUGAUAGCCCACUAUACCAAGCAGAGCAGGCAUAAUCAAAAUGACACUGAAUCAAGGUUGAGACAAGCAGUUUUUUACCUUUUGAUGUUAAAAUAUCUAGUGUUACGAUAUAAAAAUUUCAAUUUGUUCGCUAAUUUAGAAAUAAUUUUAGCAGCAAUCAGGUCUCCAGAAAGUGAUUGAUCUAGGAACACACUAAGAUACGUUACACUUGUUUUAGAUUCAAUUUCCUUGCCUGCACAGUUUACCUUUAUCUUGUCAGCCCUAAGCAAUCUACGUUUUGUUCAAAACAAACAAAAUCGAUUCAGUUUUUCCCAACUGUAGCGACAAUUUGUUGUCAGUCAACCAAUCUCUAACAAAAUGCAAUUCCUUACUCAGGGUCUCCUCUAUGUAAACGUUAUCCUUCCCUGAUACCAGUAUGGCUGAGUCAUCAGCAUAAAGCAGGAGUUUGCACUUUAAUGUAUCUGGCAUAUCAUUAACAUAUAGAAGAAAUAAGAGAGGCCCUAAAAUGUAUCCCUGCGGUACUCCACAGGAUAUUUAUUUGGCCUCUGACAGAACAUAACCAACAUUACAUACUUGUGUUCUGUUGGUCAGAUAAGACCUAAACCAAUUCACUGCUACAUCAUUUAGACUCAUGCAUUUUAGUUUCAUCAGGAAUAUAUCAUGGUCCCAGUGUCAAAAGCUUUCUGCAAGUCUAACAUGACCAUACCUGUAUAGUUCCCCUUCUCACUUUCCUGCUUGAUGUGGUCAAAAAGGUGGAAAAGGCAAGUAUCAGUGGAAUGAGCUGUUCUAAAGCCAGAUUGGAGUUCAUAAAGAAGUUUGUGCUCGAGAAGGUAUCCCUCAAGUUUAAUUUAAAAACUAAUCUCUCAACAACUUUGGAUAAGGUGCUGAGGAUCGACACAGGCCUGUAGUUUGGUGGAGGAGGAGUCAUUUUGAGAAAGGAUGUCGAGUUGAUUGACAGGAAAUUGACGUCCCGCCACUCUGGUAUGUGAGGCCAUCUUAAUCUUCCAUCUUCUUCAUGGAAACACCAUUUGACCGAGUUACCCCAGUCCUAGACCCUCACAUCUCACCUAAUGUGCAUGAGGUAGUGCUUGGUCGCUAGCGCUCUGGCCGUACCUACAGAGGCUCUUAAAAACCUCUGCAAACUGUAAAAAGCCCCAAAACAUAAUGACCUGGACUUCAGGUCAACUCAUUAUUCAGGAAAAAUGCAUUUCUCAAUACAGGGGUUAUGUCCCUACAUGGCUUAUGGGUGUUAUCCUUCCUUGAGAUCCAUCUUCAAUUGGCAUCAAUGAAGGAUUUACGCAGAAGUGGUGCAUGCAGAUCUCAAGUCAGAAUAAUGCCAUACAUUUUGUACAUUUGACCUUUUAGUCUUUUAGCAGACACUCUUAUCCAGAGCAAGUUACAAUCAGUGCAUUUGACUAAGGGAGGUAAAACAACCACAUACAGUGCAUUCAGAAAGUAUUCAGACCCCUUUUUUUCCCACAUUUUGUUACGUUACAGCCUUAUUUGAAAAAUAAUAAAAUGUUUUUUUUACCCCUCAUCAAUCUAUACAUAAAAACAGGUUUUUAGACAUUUUUGCAAAUGUAUUAAAAAUUUAAAAACCAGAUACCAUAUUUACAUAAGUAUUAUGGAACAUUUCUUAGAUAUUUUAUUUCAGCUCAUGAAACAUGGCACCAACCCUUUACAUGUUGCGUUUACAUUUUGUUCAGUAUACUCGUAUACAGUGCAUUCGGACCCUUUGCUAUGAGACUCGAAAUUGAGCUCAGGUGCGUCCUGUUUCCAUUGAUCAUCCUUGAGAUGUUUAUACAACUUGAUUGGAGUCCACCUGUGGUAAAUUAAAUUGAUUGGACAUGAUUUGGAAAGGCACACACCUCUCUAUAUAAGGUCCCACAGUUGACAGUGCAUGUCAGAGCAAAAACCAAGACAUGAGGUCGAAGGAAUUAUCUAUAGAGCUCUGAGACAGGAUUGUGUCGAGGCACAGAUCUGGGGAAGGGUACCAAAACAUCGCUUCAGCAUUGAAGGUCCCCAAGAACACAGUGGCCUCCAUCAAUCGUAAAUGGAAGAAGUUUGGAACCACGAAGACUCAUUCUAGAGCUGGCUGCCCGGCCAAACUGAGCAAUCGGGGGGAAAAGGGCCUUGGUCUGGGAGGUGACCAAGAACCUGAUGGUCACUAUGAAAGAGCUCCAGAGUUCCUCUGUGGAGAUGGGAGAACCUUCUAGAAGGACAACCAUCUCUGCAGCACUCCAACAAUCAGGCCUUUAUGGUAGAGUGGCCAGACGGAAGCCAUUCCUCAGUAAAAGGCACAUGACAGCCCGCUUGGAGUUUGCCAAAAGGCACCUAACAGACUCUGACCAUGAGAUCAAGAUUCUCUGGUCUGAUGAAAACAAGAUUGAACUCUUUGGCCUGAAUGCGAAGCGUCACGUUUGGAGAAGACUUGGCACCUUCCCUACGGUGUAGCAUGGUGGUGGCAGCAUCAUGCUGUGGGGAUGUUUUUCAGCGGCAAGGACUGGGAGACUAGUCAGGAUGGAGGGAAAGAUGAACUGAGCAAAGUACAGAGAUCCUUGAUGAAAUCCUGCUCCAGAACCCAAAUAUCUCUGGAGAGACCUGAAAAUAGCUGUGCAGCGACGCUCCCCAUCCAACCUGUCAGAGCUUGUGAGGAUCUGCAGAGAAGAAUGGGAGAAACUCCCCAAAUACAGGUGUGCCAAGCUUGUAGCGUCAUAUCCAAGAAGACUUGAGGCUGUAAUCGCUGCCAAAGGCGCUUCAACAAAGUACUGAGUAAAGGGUCUGAAUACUUAUGUAAAUGUAGGAUUUCCGUUUUUUUAAUGACUAAAAUGUAAAUGUAAUACAUUUGCAAACAUUUAUAAAAACCUGUUUUUGCUUGGUCAUUAUGGGGUAUUGUGUGUAGAUUGAAGAGUGGAAAAACAACAACUUUUCAUCCAUUUUAAAAUAAGGCAGUAACGUAACAAAAUGUGGAGAAAGUCAAGGGGUCUGGAUACUUUCCGAAUGCACUAUAUCUGAUUGAGCAGAUUGUGGUGGCCCUAGGUGGUGAGUUCAAGCUCUUCCUGCUGCAGCUCAUUCCACAUUGCUGUAUGUCUUCAUGCACCACAUGAACACAGGCCGCGGUGUCAGGCCGUACAUCCACACAGAUUUACAUCUGGGGGUUUACUUGCCCACCUUUUGAUCAGAGUUGGACCUUUUUCCAAGAAAGUGUCAGCGGGCAGAACUGGUUGAAAUGACAUUUACCUCUGGAUGUACUGUAUAUAUCAGUCCAGUUAUGUCAUUGCCCGCUCAUUAUUUAAUUGCCUUAACAAGUAAUGACAUAAAUGUCUGGUCCGACAUUGUCAGAGAGGGCGUAGGUGUGGUGUAGGAAUCAGAUGCAGGACACAGAUGCUAGUCCAAAAUUACUUUAGUAAAGUCCACAAAAGAACGGCUACAAACAGAGCCGGAGGCACGAGGAAAAUAACGCACACAGCGUAUAAAUGCAAAACACAGCGAACACGCACAACAAGUGCGGACUCUCUAUCCAAUACAAAAUAGAGCACUAACUGACUGGAAGCACCAGCUGACAAGGAACAACUACACACAACCACAAGACAGAAACAACGAGAACUUAAAGGACACAUAAUCAAGACAAAAUGAGAAACAGGUGUACCAAAACAGACCAAACCAAACAAACACAGAAACAAUGAACGGUGGCAGCUAGUACUCCGGAGACGACGACCGCCGAAGCCUGCCCGAACAAGGAGAAGGAGCAUCCUCGGCCGAAACCGUGACAGACAUACAGAGUUAAAUUUGAGUGCGGGAGUCUCUUUGAUAAUUUUGGACUAUGUAGUGUGUUUUAUAUUCCCAGCACCACGUAAAGGUAAUGUGCCGGUGCGUUCGUUAAUAUUUGUUCUGAAAACUUUUUUCCUGUAACCGUUGAUGACUACAUCAAUACACAUUGUAAUUGUACAGCGUCAGUCAUGGUUAGUGAAAUAUACAGUAUGAGGAUUUGAGGAACCAUUAGAUAAAUUAAAUUGUUUAUCAGUUCUGUAAAAGCAUUAAUCUACUUCACUACUGCCACAACAUGGCUCCUUCAAAGUCUAGUUUACUUCCUAUUCUUCCAGUUACCAUUUGUUUGUGGUUGCCAUCAAAACUCACCCCAUGACUCUUUGACUCUAGCCAAAACACCAUCACUACAACAACACAGCCAACGAAGCAUAGCUGGCACUCUCUCUUAUUUCACCUAUUAGCUAUGACACCGAUACAGGUUUUCCUCAAACAGUAAAUCUUGCUGGUGAAAAUAGAUCACAGGGCAACAUCGCACUAUAACUAACCCACCACAGUUAUUCAACCUCUCUCAGUUGUAGCACUUGUCUUGUUUCUCUAAGGCAGCGAUGAAUAUUAGCCAACCAGAAGCAUACAGCUAGUUUCAACCCCCUACACUAUGUCUGGCUAUGGUCUAUAGAACCUGAAUUCUGGGUUAAGUCCCAAAUAGCACCCUAUUUCCAAUAUAGUGCACUACUCUUUCCCAGAGCCAAUAGGUUUUUCUUCAAUACAUUUGCACACAGCUCUUUGAUUCACUCCCAUGUUACAUUUUCUUUCCCAUCUCCUCCCAAUUGGUCCUAUAGAAUUUACUGUACUGAAGAAAUGGGGCCCAGUUUCCGAGAUACAAAGUGCCAGGGUCUUACGUUUUAUUUGUCACACUCUGUUCUUUACCUAUCUGGGCAUCAUGGAGGAAAUGUGUUCAUAAAUACUUCGGGCUUAGGGCAGAAAGUGCUUGCCAAGUGCCCCCAUUUCGAUGUUCCUCUCAGCUCAUCCACACUCUCCCAGUGCACUUUGGUAGCUGAGCUGUGUUUGGGGUGUUGUCUAUCCCGUGUUUCCCUCACCCCUCAGGGUUUCCUUGGAGACGUUUGACAGGCUGUGUCGCUGGACUUCACAGAUUACGCGUCGUGCAUCAUCACACCAUAGUGCGCGCGCUGGACAACACCCCCAAGCUACGCAGCACGGCCAUGGAUAAGCUGUCCUCGCUUGUCUUCCAGCUGGGUAAGAAGUUACCUCGUUGUUAGUAGUGGAACCGCUAACAGGAGCUGACACACACACCCCAGGACCAGAAGUUCCCCUUCAAUUGACUCCUGUGCCAUCACACGGUGCCACAGCGGCAGUAGGGAGUGUUACUGUUUAACAGAGUUGAUGAGGUCACCCCCCCCCUUAGCCCCACCCAAACCUUAAAAACCCAACCACACCACAUGCAGGGAAGUCUGGCCCCGCAGCAGCUUUUGAUCAAACCAUCAAAAGCAUCGGCGGUCUGUCAUGUGUGUCUCUUAUCUCUCUCUUUCACUACUUCCCUUCUUUAGUACCAGAUCUUUAGUAUCCAGGCUCUGUCGCAGCCGGCCGCGACCGGGAGACUCAUGGGCGGCGCACAAUUGGCCCAGCGUCGUCCAGGGUAGGGGAGGGAAUGGCCGGCAGGGAUGUAGCUCAGUUGAUAGAGCAUGGCGUUUGCAACGCCAGGGUUGUGGGUUCGUUUCCCACGGGGGGCCAGUAUAAAAAUAUAUAUAUAUAUAUGUAUUCACUAACUGUAAGUCGCUCUGGAUAAGAGCGUCUGCUAAAUGACUAAAAUGUAAAAUGUAAAUGUAAAAUCUUCAUCCCCAUGGUGAACAAAGUGAUUUUGAAGCACAGGAUCAAUCACCAGCGCUAAGACGUGCUCAUCUGUCGGAUCGUGAAGGUCCGUUUUUUGUCUCACAUUGUCAGCACGUCAUGAAAUGUGUUUAGAAUAGGCAGUCUGUGAGAAACGAACAAGGCAAGUUUGAACAAUUAUAAUUCCAAGCAGUGUAAUAGAAGAGGAUUCAUUGAGGCACAUUGCUUACAGUGUGUUUCUCUUCAGGAAGGAAAUUAAUAUUGUGGGCACAACACAUGUUUAGAAGCCCUGGGCUCAUCGUGGUAACCGUGUUUAUCUCAGGGGUACACUUUGGCGGACGAGGAAGAGGAUCCUCUAAUCUUCCAACAUCGCCAGCUGUGCAGUAACCAGGGCGACGUCGGUAGUGCCCCAGCAGAGGCGGGGCCAAUGAAGAAGCUCCACGUCAGCACCAUGGCCCAGUAGAAGGUCAGGAGAAAUAACAUGUCAUUUCACUUCCUUGACUGUGUCUUGUAUUAUGCUUCCAUUUCAACUAAUAUGUUUUUUUUUUCUCAAACAGGUAGUGCUUUUGGUUUUAGAGACUCAUUAUCAAAUCACUUCAUGAUCAGAGUUGAUAAGUCAAUUUUUCAAAUAAAGAAUAAAAUAUAUAUAUAUUUGACAGUCUGCUCAGUUUUCAUUCAAAUUUCCCUCUCAAUAAGAUACCAAUGCCCAACGAUUUGAAGCGCCUUUGUUUCAGCAUGUCUAAUAAUUUCAAAACAUAGUGCGAGACACUGACCUGUCAGAUCUGCUGAUAGAGAUUUCUUCCAUCUUCCCUCACCCAACUGAUGCCAUAGGAAGCGCAAUAACAUGAUUGUAUAAAAAUAAAUUCUGGUGCCGCUUGUGAGGUGUCCAAGGACGAUUGGCUGGAGUGGCUGAGGCGCCUGAGUGUGAUUCUGCUUAAGGACCUUGAACUCGUGCUGGUCGCUGGCCCAAACCUACAUUCCCCUGGCCAGGUAUAGCUAUCCCUCCCUCCCUACCUCCCUCCCGCCCUCCACCACACUUCAGAGCACCAGGCAGUCGCCCGUUUUCCCACAGAGGUCCUCAGUAAACGACAGAGGUCCUCAUAAGUGUAGUUUAGUGCAGAGGUCCUCAGGUUGCAGUUUAAUGUGAACCAAAACACCACUCUUUUCCACUCUUAAACCAAAUCAUAUUUUGUUUUGCUGGCAUAUCUUGAGCACACCUUGGACUGAUCUUGAGCACACCUUGGACUGGUGUGGCAUCCAUAGGCUGUUUUUAUUUUCUGAAGCCUAGCCAAUAUGAUAUGGCCAUUCAGCAGAUGCUUUCAUUCAAAGAGAAUUACAAUUCACUGUGACUUACAAUUUACUAAAGGUGCAUAAACAACAGCAUUGCUUGACAUUUUAAAAAAUUCAUAACUAUCUAACAAAAAUCCACAAGAAAGCAUCCAAUUAGAAAAAAAAAAAAUUCUGUAACAGUGCUUUGAGCCAAAAAAAAUGCUUUAUGAAUGAAACGUAUCGUUAUUAUAAUGAAACAUUCACCCCCAGAAUCCUUUAUACUGAUUGUGAUCUGAUCUAAUGGAUGUUUACUCUCCCUUCCAUCGUUAGGGAUCUGUUCAACACAGCCUUCCUGUCGUGCUGGUCGGAGCUGAGCGAGGACCAGCAGGACAAGUUGAUCCGCAGCAUCGAGCUGGCCCUCACCUCCCAGGACAUCGUCGAGUUCACCCAGACCCUGCUCAACCUGGCCAAGUUCAUGGAGCACAGCGACAAGGUGGGUUCACAUUAG